AUGGCUCAAGCAAAUGAAGUAGGUACGAAAGUUUCAAAUUAUUCUGUAGCAUACAAUCAACCAAAUUUAUGUGCAAAUGCAUCGUGGAACGCGACGGCUAUAACUUUUGCAACGAGUACUAUCGUCGGCGGUACUCCUUAUGGUAUUUUUGUUGAUACCAACAAUACUGUAUAUGUAGCUGAUCGACAAGAUGGUCGAGUUAUUGUAUGGUUUGGAGGAAGUACAGUAAUAACACGAAAUCUUACGGGUACUUUGAGCAGUCCAUACGGUAUCUUUGUCACAAGCAAUGGUGAUAUUUAUGUCGACAAUGGUGCAUCCAAUUAUCGAGUCAAUAAAUGGCAAUUAAAUUCCACAAAUAGUACUCCAGCGAUGUAUACAUGUGCACAAUGUGAUGAUCUUCAUAUAGAUAUUAAUAAUACACUAUAUUGUACGUGGAGUGCUAAUCAUCAAAUUCUUGCUCAAUCGCUCAGCAACCGUUUAACUGUAUGGAAAACAAUAGCUGGCAUAGCCGGCAGUGCUGGAGCCGCUUCCAAUCAACUUUAUUCUCCUCGAGGAAUCUUUGUUGAUGGAAAUCUUAAUAUAUAUGUUGCUGAUUCUACAAACAACAGAAUACAAUUCUUCUUAUAUGGACAACUGACUGCAACAACGAUUGUAGGAAGUUCAGUCGCAGGAUCCAUGACACUUAAUACGCCUACAGAUGUUUUACUUGAUGGUAAUGGAUAUCUUUUUAUUAUGGACAGCGAAAAUCAACGUAUUAUUGGUUCAGGACCCUACGGAUAUCGAUGUGUAGCUGGAUGCACUCAAGCCGCUGGUUCAGCAUCCAAUCAAAUGGAUAGUCCACAAGCUUUUGCUUUCGAUAGUUAUGGAAAUAUAUUUGUUACUGAUCGUGACAACAAUCGUGUGCAAAUAUUUCUUUUAGCCGCGAACUCAUGUAGUACUACUACAACAGCAGCUCCGAUCACUGCAACACUUUCAACAAAUAUCAUUCAAGCAACUACUCCAUCAAUCUCCAGCUCUUAUUCAAAUGCUCUAUCGUUUAAUCAACCCCAAUUUGGUGCAUAUGCUAUGUGGGAUGGUAAUGGACUAACUUUUGCAACUAGUGGCACAGUUGGUGCAGAUCCUUAUGGUUUUUUUAUUAAUACCAACAACACGGUAUUUGUAGCUGAUCGAGCUGACAAUCGAAUAAAUAUUUGGUUAGAAGGAAGUACUAAUCCAACAAGCAAUAUAACAACUGGUAUAGGUUAUGCAUACGGUAUUUUUGGUUCGAGUAAAGGUGAUCUUUACGUUGAUAAUGGAUAUUUAUACCAGCGUGUUGAUAAAUGGGCAGUAAAUGCAACGACAAGUACUUAUGCAAUGUAUUCGAAAUAUAUUUGCUACGAUCUUUUCAUCGAUAUUAAUAAUAAUCUUUAUUGUGCAUUAUUCGAUUAUCAUCAAAUUGUAAUGACAUCAUUAAACACUAAUUCAAGUAUGUGGAUUAUUGCUGCUGGAACAUCUUGUGCUGGAUCAACUUCUAACACACUUUAUAAUCCUCGUGGAGUUUUUGUUGAUACAAAUCUUAAUAUAUAUGUUGCUGAUUCUAUUAAUAAUCGAGUGCAAUUGUUUUUAUCUGGACAAGCAACUGCAACAACGGUUGUAGGAAGUACAGCUCCAGGAACUUUUUCACUAUAUUACCCUACAGAUGUUAUGCUGGAUGCCAAUGGAUAUAUAUUUGUCGUAGACAGUUACAAUUAUCGUAUUAUUGGAUCAGGACCGUAUGGUUUUCGAUGUAUAAUCGCAUGUUAUAGUGCUGCUGGUUCAUCGUCCAGUCAAUUAUAUAAUCCAUCAAGUUUAAGUUUCGAUAGUCACGGAAAUAUAUUUGUUCUUGAUCGAUCAAAUUAUCGAUUACAAAAGUUCUUUUUAAUGCCGAAUACUACUUAUCCUUUUUCUUUCAAUCAACCGAGUUUUUGUCCAUCUUCAACUUGGUAUACAAAUGCUAUUACUUUCGCUAAUUCCAGCACGAUUGGUACAACACCUUAUGGAAUAUUUGUAAAUCUUAAUAAUACUGUUUAUGUGGCAAGUCAAUCACUUAACCAAAUCCAAAUAUGGCUACAAGGAAGUAUCGUUCCUAACCAAAUUUUAUCUGGUGGUCUGAGUUCACCACUCAGUCUUUUUACUACACUUUCAGGUGAUAUAUAUGUUGAUAAUGGCGUUACUUACAGUAGAGUUGAUAAGUGGCCAGCAAAUUCUAAUAGUAGUGUUGUUGCUAUGCAAAUAACUGAAGAAUGCUAUAGCAUGUUUGUAGAUAUGAGUAAUACUCUCUAUUGUGCAAUGACUUUUAGCCAUCGAAUUGCUAAAAAAUAUUUAAACGAUAACGGAACUACGUUAGUUUCUGCAGCUGGUACAGGAACUGCUGGGGGAGCUGUCGAUCAGCUUUACUAUCCCGCUGGAAUCCAUGUUGAUAAGAAAUUUAAUUUAUACGUUGGAGAUUGUGGAAAUAAUAGAGUACAAAUGUUCGGUUUUGGGCAGCUUAGCGCAACAACUGUUGCUGGCAGUGGUGCAUCAUGGACUAUCACACUCAGCUGUCCAAAUGCCGUUACAUUGGAUGCUAAUGGUUAUCUCUUUAUUACUGACAACUACAAUAGCCGAGUAAUAGGAUCAGGACCAUUUGGUUUUCGAUGUUUAUUUGGAUGUACAGGAGCUGGUUCCAGUGCAAGUCAGUUAAAUGCUCCACGAACUUUUAGUUUCGACAGUUAUGGAAAUCUUUUUGUUGCUGAUGAAAAUAAUAAUCGAAUACAAAAGUUCAUUUUAGCAUCAAAUUCAUGUAGCACAUUUUAUAGUCAACCGACAUUUUGUUCAGAUGCAUUAUGGUAUUCAAAUGCUUCAACUUUUGCAUCAAGUACAACUAUUGGAUCAUCACCUUAUGGCAUUUUUAUCGAUGGAAUCAAUACUGUCUAUGUAGCUAAUCUAUUUAAUAAUAUUAUUUUAACAUGGCCGCAAUGGAGUACUACACCGACAGGAAAUCUGUCUAUUAAUCUAAAUCGUCCAUAUAGUCUUUUUAUUUCGAUCACUGGUGAUGUUUAUGUCGAUAAUGGCUAUUCAAAUGGUCGAGUUGAUAAAUUUACAUAUAAUUCAUCAAAUGUCAUUACUGUUAUGAAUGUUAGUGGAAGUUGUUAUGGUUUAUUUAUUGAUAUUAGUAAUAAUCUUUAUUGUUCUCUUAAAAAUCUUCAUCAAGUUGUUGAACUUCCACUUAAUAGUGGUACAACCAUUCCGACAAUUGCAGCAGGAACUGGUACUGCUGGAUCAUUAGCUAAUAUGCUUAGUUAUCCUCAAGGAAUCUAUGUUGAUAAUAAUUUAACCUUAUAUAUUGCAGAUUGUGGUAACAAUCGGAUUCAAUCCGUUCAAACUGGUCAGUUAAAUGGAGUGACAAUCGCUGGAAAUGGAUCGUCAGCAAAUAUUAUACUUAAUUGUCCAACCGGAAUUGUCCUUGAUGCUAGUGGUUAUCUUUUUAUUGUCGAUAGUUAUAAUCAUCGUAUUGUUGGUUCAAAUUCUAAUGGUUUUCGAUGUAUAGUCGGGUGUUCUGGAGGUGGUUCAACUGCGUUUCAAUUAUCUUUUCCACAAAGUAUGGCUUUUGAUAGCUAUGGAAAUAUAUAUGUUACUGAUCGAAAUAAUAGUCGAGUACAACAAUUUACUCUUCAGAGUAACUGCCGUAAGUUAUUUUUGUAUAAUGAAACAUGUAGUUGUAAAUUAGUAAAAUAG